ACGAAACAUUUCAGAUCUGCCCGGUCAAUUUUUUUCGGCUAAUUCACAGAGGCAAUACCAAAAGGAAAUAAACGAUUUUCUUCUUUACUUUGAAAUCUUCGCAUAUUUUUCAAAGGAAAGUCUCCACUUGAAUAAUUGACUAGAAUCCCUAACUCAAAGGAAAAAAUCUGAUUGCAUCCAUCUCUAAUCUCUAUACUUCUCCCGUUUCUCUGUAACAUUACACGGCCAACCCAGAGGGGAUUGCACCGGCUGUAACUUCUCCCGAUCUCUGUAACUUCUCCCGUUCUGCCGUGAGGAAAUUGCAGCGGCCGAAUACACGGACUCCACCGGCUUCACAGAAAUAUCAUUGCUACUUACAACUGGUAUGAAUUCAUUAAACUAUUUUGCCUAACUUCACUAAAUUUUGGAACUCAAAUCUGCAUCCUCGCAUCUGGAUUCGGAAUAGUUUUCAAUUUCUAGCAUCAAAUUGUGAAUCCCAAUUCAAAUUAAAUUUCAAUCUCCACAUCUUGAUUAUUUUUUUUCCGGUUGUGUGCAUAUUUGCCUAAUUGGCAACCUAAUUGGAAUGGAAAGUUUGAGAUUAUAUCAUACACUUUAUGCUUCAUUUUGAGUAUUCAUAUUGAUGGGGACAAUACGAAUUUGAUUAUCUAUUUUGCUGCAAGAGACAAGCAAAUCAAUCUAGCAUAUUAGCUUGAUUUCCACCAUUCGUUGCCAUCUUCAAUUCAUACGAUUCAUGUCCAUCUAACCUUCCAGGACAAUUGCCAAGUCUCCUUCCUUCUUCAAGGGAUUUCAAUCGAAGGCAGUAAUAGCACAACUCGGAAUUCCAAGUUUCGAGAUCGGAGUAGGUACGGAUUAAAACUGGAGUAAUUGACACUUUGGACAUUGCUACUAUUGUCAUAUUUGGAGAAAUUGGAUCCAAUGUCUGUUGUGAUGUCCCGAGAUGAUAACAUGUUGUGAGGUAAGUAUGUAUAAUAUUAAUGAUUUUGUAUAUAAUACAUUUUUUAAUUCUCAUCUCAAUGGUAUUGUGUAAAAAAAGGUCGUCAGUCUCUUUAAAACCCACAUAUAAUUUCCACAUGUUAUACGAGUCUAUGUGAUUCUUAGAACAUACAUCUGCUGACCUGCACUUUAAGAUAAUUAUAUAUUGUCUAAAAAUGCAUCCAUAAUAUACUUUUUAGUAAAUUAAAUGGAAUAAAAACUGAAAUAUGAGGACUAUAAGUACGUCAACUUUUAGUUUUUGCUAAUUAUUAUCUGCCAUCUUAGUUAUCCAACCAAAUUAGUCAGUCAUGUAAGUUACUAAUAUGGUUGAAAAUAUGGCUGAUAAGCCAAAAAGCGUGCACUUAGAGACACUUAGUGUUAGGAAGUUCUAUUUCCUUCAAUUUGUUAGCUUUUGACCAGUGGUUAUUCAUCAUACUAUAAUAUUUACUUAAAAGUUUGAGCUUUUGCAUUGAUAAGACAUUAAGACGGUGUUUGAUAUGCUUUCAUGAUGGUAUGGUUUUAGAACUUCUCUGCAGGUUGUCGACCAGGCAGUCAUCACCUAUGCAGCUUGCAUAGGAGUGCCAUAAUUCCGGAGGAGAACAAAAUAAUCCACAAGGAAUGAUAGCCUUAGCUAUAGUAUGACCCCAGGUGACGAAGUUGAAGACAGGUUCUGAGUAAUAUGAUGCCAACAGAUGGAUGAGUUGUACUUCAUACUACGUUUUUGAGCUAUCUGUGGUUGCGUAUUGCCAAGCUUGACGGUAGGGCUCCCAAACAUGGGGGUUGCCACAAGAAGUGAGUUAUUUGUUAACAUUCACACUUUCUUCACUUCUGUAAUGAAAUUUGUAAAAUUGGGUACUUAUAGAUACAAGUGCAACUUAAAAAAUAAUUAAAUUUAUUGAAUCAUUUAGGCUUAGCCAGUGAAAAGAUUCAAUUUUCUAUUGGAUAUUAAUGCAUCCUGACUUCUUGAGGAUCAUCUCUUUCAUACAGAUUAUUGCAUUUGAAGCACAAAGGAAAUCAUUUGAUGAAGUUUUGAUGCUUCUUUUUGAUGGGUUGAUGAAUAUAUUUAUAUUCAGAUUUAAUUUUAAACUAUUGAAGUCAAUUUUCGGAGAGAAUGACACAAACAUAUGCCUACUUCACUAAACUAGCUAUAACAUUUAAGCAAUCUAUUAGUUUACUUCUUCCAGUUCAUAUGCAAAUGAUAGUUGUUUCUAGCUCCAAAUGCAUCAUUUUGUGAUGUUCAUAUGCACUUCAUAUUUUCACUGUUGCAAAUUAAAUAAAACAUAUUGGUUAUAUAAUAUGGUUUAGGUUCCAUCUUUUAAGAAGGUUAAUAUUAAUGUGAUUAUGUCUUUAUGAGUUUGAUUCAUGUGCUCUCUCCUAAGAGCAUGUUACACUUCUUCACCAGCCUUUUGGCUAGCCAUAGCACAGGAUUGGGAUCAUGCCAUUUAGUACUUUUUGGAUUUUUUGUGCAAAAUCAGCAGUGCACUCUUCCAGGUAUGUCCCUCACUGUGCUUCCUCUUCCCCUGUAAUGUAUGAUUCCACGACGAAGGACCUAAGGUAGCGGAAAAGUUUUAUGAGAUUAAAGUUGUACGGAAGAAGAUGGAUCGAAAUUCCAUUGCUCUCAAAUGGGUCUAAAUUUUAUCAUAAUAAAUUAAAAGGUGUGUAAUCUCACAUGAACAUGAGCUUUUAUAUUUUUUCUUUAUUUUUCCUCCAUGCCAACCAUUUCGGAUUUUUUUUACUGAUCUCUUAUUUCUCUAAAGAAUCUGCAUUGUUUCCCUCAAAAUUUCAAACACACUCAUUGAAUGGAAAUCCAGGAUCUAAUUCCAAUCAUCAAAUUCUGAUCAAGCAAGCCAAACAAAAAGGACUUGAUUGUGGCUUUUAUCGAUGUUGAAGACAAACAAAUGACAUGACUUGGAGAUAGAUUGAGACAAAUCAGUCACCAAGUAAGAGUGACAAGAUCGAAGAAAAAUAAUAUUAUACUUGAUUUGUUGAUGAGUUUUGUUUUAUGGUUUGACUUACAUGAUAUGGUUAGACUAUAUCAUGUAAGAGUACGUUGUGGAUGAUUUUAUGGUUUAGUCUACAAAUUUUUAUUUUGUUUACCCUAAAACCUUAAACACAUGUUUUGGGUUUUUUCGAGUAGAAAAAUUCAGAUUCGAGAAGUUACAGGCCAAAUUAGACAAAAUGGUUUGGAUAUUAUUGAUCCUCGUCUCAAGACGAAGAGAAUGACAUUGGUCCCGCCGGAAUCGGAAAAAGUCAAAGCUGCCACUUCUUCUCCCUUCUAUAAUCAUCUAUCUUCCCUUCCCUUUCUUCUUCUAUUAAUCCCUCCCCACUUCCCCACUCUCCACUUUCUCUUUUAUUCCAUUCCCCCUCUCUCUCUCUCAUCCUCUCUGUUGCCCCUCCCAUGCCAUUGACAUACAUAGAGAGAGGGAGAGAGAGCUGACUGACCGGCGUUAUUGUGGCGAUGAUGAAACUCUGAUCUAAGGCAACUCAUCUAUUCGUUCAUUCGAGAACAGUGCUUGGAUCCCCUGUUUGAUUGGUUCAGAAGGGCCGCCGGAGAUUCAUGUUCGAUCCGUUGGCUGCUACAAUGGCCGGAUCUCCUUCUCUCGCCGCCGCCGCCGCCGAUAAGAAGCACUGGUGGCUCACCAACAGAAAGGUCGUGGACAGGUAUGUGAAGGACGCCAGAGCUCUGAUUGCCACUCGGGAACAGAGCGAGAUUGCUUCCGCUCUCAAUCUCCUCGACUCCGCUCUCGCCUUUUCGCCCCGAUUCGAACUGGCAUUGGAAUUGAAGGCUCGAUCCCUGCUUUACCUCCGCCGAUUCAAGGACGUCGCCGAUAUGCUGCAGGAUUACAUUCCCAGCGUCAAGAUGGCCUCCGACGAGGCCUCUUCGGUUUCUCCGACGUCUUCCUCCGGAUCGUCCGAAAACUCCUUUUCGCAGCUCUCGAGGGAGCGGCUCAAGCUUCUCUCCACCGGCUCCGGCGACGCGCCUGCUUUCCGGUGCUUCUCGCUCUCCGAUUUGAAGAAGAAGGUCGUCGCAGGGCUCCACAGGAACUGCGAGAGCGGGGGGCAAUGGAGGUACUUGGUUUUGGGCCAGGCUUGUUGCCAUUUGGGCCUAAUGGAAGACGCUCUGGUUCUAUUACAGACCGGAAAACGUAUCGCCACCGAUGCAUUCCGGCGAGAGAGCAUUUGUUUGUCCGACGACAGCUUUUCUUCCGCAAGGUUCCCACUCUCUAGAGAUCAGCCGCGCCAAGACACUCCGACCACCGAAUCAGAGAGCAUUUCCCAGCUGCUCAGCCACAUCAAGCUUCUCCUCCGCCGCAGGACGGCGGCAAUGGCGGCCCUGAACGCCGGCCUCUACUCCGAGGCCAUCCGACACUUCUCCAAGAUCGUCGACGGGCGUCGUGGGGCCCCACAAGGGUUCCUUGCCGAGUGCUACCUCCACCGUGCCGCCGCCUACCGCUCCUCCGGCCGAAUGGCGGAGGCCAUAGCGGACUGUAACCGAACCCUAGCUUUGGACCCCUCAUGCAUUGACGCCCUCAGCACCAGGGCUGCUCUGUUCGAGCACAUCCGGUGCCUCCCCGACAGCCUCCACGAUCUCGAGCACCUAAAGCUCUUGUACAACUCGAUGUUGCGUGACCGGAGACUGCCCGGUCCGGUCUGGAAGCGCCAGAAUGCCCAGUACAGGGAAAUCCCGGGAAGGCUCUGCUCAUUGGCCACAAAGAUCCAAGAAUUGAAGAACCGGGUGGCCUCCGGCGAGACAGGGAAUGUGGAUUACUACGCCUUGAUCGGGCUAAGAAGAGGCUGUUCGAGAUCAGAAUUGGAGAGAGCCCAUUUGGUCCUCACCCUCAGGCAUAAGCCCGACAAGUCGAGCAGUUUCAUAGAGCGCUGCGAGUACACGGACGAGGGGGACGUGGAGUCCGUCCGGGAAAGGGCAAAAAUGUCCUCGUUGUUGUUGUAUAGGUUGAUCCAGAAGGGCUACACUAGUCUAAUGGCGGGGAUCAUAGAGGAAGAAGCCGCGGAGAAGCAGCGGAAGAAGAGUGCCGCUGCUACAGUGCAAGCCAUGCAGAAGCUGCAAGAGGCGGCGGUGGUUCAGCAGCAAGAAAUUCGUAAUGAAGUGCCGCGGCCUCUGGGGAAGACGAAGCAGGCAAUGUGCUGUCCGGAGUCAUCGUCGUCGGUGUUCCAAGGGGUGUUCUGCAGAGACAUUGCCAUAGUUGGGAAUCUACUGUCACAAGCGGGGUUCAAUCGUCCACUUCCAAUGAAAUAUGAGGCCUUGAGCUGCUGAUUUUUUUUUAAUUAUUUAUGUACUAUAUAAAUAUAAAUAUAUAUAUUUUUUGAAUUUCUGGCGGUGAGAUAAGGUGAAGAAGAAGAAGAAGAAUCUCUCAGCUCACACAAUGGAAGCCAAGAGGCAUAUUAUUAGGAGAUGAAAUGAAUGUGUCCGUGAAUUGUAUUGUUUUGUUGUGUGAUGUGUUUUGAAUCAGAUUCUUUGUAGGUAGGAAGGAACAAAAGGACUGCCAAACGACGUACAACAGCAGCAGCAGCAGGCCAAAAUUUCUUCACCUUUUACCGCCCAGAAAUUUUUUGUUAAUUACUUCGUACUUUGUACGCCAUG